AUGAAAACGUGUCACUUGGUUUCAGGGCUCCUCACGGGUUUAGCUUGUGGAGUUGUCUGUUCAGAUGGCGAGACCCAGUUCGGAAGCGGUGUGAUUGAUAAGGUAGAAGAUGUGGUCGGAGGCAAUGUCGUACAGGCAGGCGACUUGGCCUCGAUACCUAUCGACUCGCUAGUCGAGGUUCACGAGGUCCUGGUCACCCUCGAAGACAUCCCGGACAAGCCAAGCCCUCGUCAUGAACAUGAGAAGAAAAACCUCCUGAAGCGAUUGAGCAAAUCGCACGGAAAGUGGGAUACGAAUCACCCCCGUCACCGUCUCAUGGAGGCCCUCUUUGGAUUCAGUCGAUAUAAGGCCAGGCAGAUGGCGGAACUAGAUCGAUGGAAAGACUUGUACACCCACGUGUCCAAGGCCCAGAAAAAGGUAUUAGAGAAGGCGAUCAGCUACUCGAAAAAGUUCGAGACAGCUGAAAUUUUACACGACUCGAACCAGAACUUGUGUAACGAGAUUGUCAAGACCGCGCUCGAUUACUAUGGCAUCUCACACGAGGAGCUCGCCGCACACAGCAACGCCAAGGACGCGGCAAAUCAGCCUGCAGAAAGAGUCAGCGUCUCUCAAGCACUGAAGCACUUUGUGAGAGACUGGUCCGGCUCGGGCCAAGCAGAGCGCGGAGACGCGUUCCCUUGCAUUCUAGGCACUAUGGAGUCACUUUUCCCCGAGGGAUCUAGAAACGACGUGAAGGUGCUGCUUCCAGGUUCAGGGCUCAGCCGUUUGGGACACGAGGUCGCCUCCCUGGGAGGCUUCGAAGUCACCGUCAAUGAGUGGUCAAUGUACAUGAACCUCGCUUAUCGAUUCCUUGAGGCGCACCCGAGACCGGGUCUCCAAUCAGUCCACCCAUUCAUAGACAGCUGGUCUCACCACGCGACCAACGCCGACAUGUUCCGCGGUGUCUCGUUUCCUGACGCGCGGGUGAAUGCCAGCUCUGUGCUCCUCGUCGAGGGCGACUUUGUCUCGGAGUUUAAAGGACGCAGGGGAGAAUACGACGCCGUCGUCACCCACUUCUUCAUCGACACGGCAAGGAACGUCGUGAGCUACUUCGACACCAUUCACGCAGCACUCAAACCGGGAGGGUACUGGGUUAACUUCGGACCGCUGCUGUGGGGUACUGCCCCGUUCGUGCAACUUUCGUUAGAUGAAAUUGUUACAGUUGCCGAGAGCAUCGGUUUCGAGUUUGUGGAUACAUCAGACACCUGCGGGAAGGCCACUUUCGAGGGCAAGAGCAUCAGGGGCAAACAGGCGGUUUAUGGUUUCAAUGAGAGGGCUUUGACCCGCAACGCGUACUCGGCACAGUUUUGGGUGGCUAGAAAAGUCAACUGA